GCGGCGCUGGGGACAUGUGUCACCGCUGUGGGUUAUUGCUAUUUCUACAAGCAGCAGGGCAGUGGGCGAGCGGGACUGACCAACCACACCGACACGGGACUCCUGCCUUCGGUCUCAGCAGAUCAGGCCCGGACCCCUCGCCUGGUGGAUGGGGAGGUCUACAUGUCUUCUUAUGAAAACAGGUUCAGACUCUUCAGCUCCAUCGAGUACGACGGACAGCUCUUCAUGACUCCCCUCAACUUCAUCGAAUCAGUCACUCUCAAUGAACCAAAGAGCCAAAAAGGAUGGAGGUCCCUCACUAAAAAGGAAUUAGACAAGAUACUGUCAGAUACGCCUCCUAUUUGUAAAGGAUCAUCAAACUUGUUCAGGAAUCUCCGUGAACGAGGUGUCAUCAGCUACACGGAGUACCUCUUCCUCAUCUGUAUUUUAACAAAGCCUCACGCUGGAUUCAGGAUCGCCUUCAAUAUGUUUGACGCAGAUGGAAACGAAAUGGUCGACAAAAGGGAGUUCUUAGUGCUUGAAGAAAUUUUUCGCAAGAAAAAGGAGAAAAAGGAAGUAACAGAGGACAGCGAUGGUUGUGAUGAGCAGACAUUACAGCUUUAUGGCCACCGCAAACCUCUCCAACCCGCCCAGGUCGUUGUUAAAGGCACGGGGCAUGUGGAGGACAGAGGCAUGUGGGACGCUCUGAGACGCAGCACGAGUCAGGUGCUGUUUUCUGACCUCACUGAGUCUGUGGAUGACAAAGCAGAGACUACACUCCUGGUCCACUUCUUCGGUAAAAAAGGCAAAGCAGAGCUGAAAUUUGAAGACUUUUACAAAUUCAUGGAUAACCUGCAGACGGAGAUGCUGGAGGUGGAGUUUUUGGCAUUUUCGAAGGGAAUGCCGACCAUCAGCGAGGAGGACUUUGCUCGUAUCCUUUUACGCUACACGAAUGUAGAUGACGUCAGCGGGUACCUGGAGAACAUAAGGAGCACCAUGCCAGACGAGAAGGGAAUCACGUUUGAAGAGUUCAGAUCAUUUUUCCAGUUCUUAAACAACCUGGAGGAUUUCACGAUCGCAAUGCAAAUGUACAACUUUGCCAAUCGUUCCAUUGGACAAGAGGAGUUUACCAGAGCGGUGUAUGUUGCCACUGGCGUCACUUUGACUCGUCAUUUGGUGAAUAUAGUUUUUAAAAUCUUUGACGAGGAUCAUGACGACAAACUCAGCUACAAAGAGUUCCUCGGGGUCAUGAAGGACAGACUACAGCGCGGAGAGGGGCGCUUCAGGGCCGAAGAGAAAUUUGUAUCUUUCAAGACCUGCUUGAAGAAAGAGCUAUCUCACAAAUAGGUGAAUGGCCCAUUUUUGGUGCAUGCUGCAGACCCUCUUCAGUCUGAUCUUCAGGUUUUUGGCUCUGGUGAAACUAACAUGGUGAAGAAUGGCACAUUAUUAUAGUACAAAUGGUCUGGGG